UGUGUUUUCACUAUCAUUUAGUCUCACCCUCCCUCAUUUUCAGCAUCAACCUUGUAGGAUUCAAAUCCCUCUAUAAAGUUUCAUUAUUUCAGGACAGCAACAUACAACCCCCAUUCCCCAUUCCCCAUCCCUCCAAUAGAAAGCUGAAGAAAAUUGAUGCAGUUUCAUACGGGUGACUCAUAUACUGAAAGCACAUUGCUGAUUCUUCGACUUUGGUUCUCUUCCAAGGUAUUGUUGAGGUACUCUUUCCAGAAGGGGAUCUGGGUGUCUUCAAAAAUCUUGUCUCCAUCUGGGUACCAAAGAUCUGGAAGCUAAGUGGAUCCAAAUUGCCAAAAUCACUUGUGGGUAUCAGUGAUUUUGACAGUUUGUAAUUUGAAUCUCAUAGGGUAAUCAAGAAUUUGUUUUGUUCUUCAUGUUAUGGUUAAGCCAUCAAUAAACAGAAUGUUAGGAGGAAACGGAUUAUUUUACCCAAUCAUUGGUUUUGCAUCAUGUGUUGUAUUCAUUUACUUGUCUUUUGGUGACCUGUGGGUCAAUUUCCAUGAAGAACCCAAAUUGAGUUUUGUGGAGAGGAAUGGAACUCAUUUCAUGGUGGAUGGUAGAGUCUUCUACAUUAAUGGGUGGAACUCCUAUUGGAUGAUGGACAAUGCUGUGGAUGAAUUGAGGAAACCCAGGGUCAGAGAAAUGCUGCAAGCCGGAGCCAAGAUGGGUCUCACUGUGUGUCGAGCUUGGGCCUUCAAUGAUGGUGCCUAUAAUGCCCUCCAGAUUUCCCCUGGUCAAUUCAACGAGCGAGUGUUCAGGGCUUUGGAUCAUGUAAUUGCUGAAUCCAGGAAACACGGUGUUAGGCUACUGCUUAGUUUAGUUAAUAACUUACAUGCAUAUGGUGGGAAAACUCAGUAUGUCGAAUGGGCCUGGGAAGAAGGCGUUGCUUUAAGCUCAUCUAAUGAUUCCUUCUUCUAUGAUCCCUUCAUCCGCCGGUAUUUCAAGAACUACGUCAAGACUGUGCUGACAAGGAAGAAUACCAUUACCGGGAUUGAAUAUAGGAAUGAUCCCACCAUAUUUGCAUGGGAGUUAAUUAAUGAACCCCGCUGCAUGACUGAUGCCUCGGGCAACUCUCUCCAAGACUGGAUAGAAGAAAUGUCCACCUUUGUUAAAUCAAUUGACAGUAAACAUCUACUUACUGUUGGCCUUGAAGGAUUCUAUGGUCCUAAGGAUGCCAAAAGGUUAACUGUGAACCCAGAAUUUUGGGCGGCAGAACUUGGAUCCGAUUUUAUUCGCAACUCUAAGAUUUCGACUGUUGAUUUUGCUUCGGUCCAUAUUUACCCUGAUCACUGGUUUCACGUCCAAGAACUUGAAGACAAACUAAAAUUUGUUUCAAAAUGGAUGACUUCUCAUAUUGAAGAUGGUGACAAAGAGCUUAAGAAACCUGUCAUGUUUACUGAAUUUGGAUUGUCCAACCAGAACAGGGAUUUCGAACCAUCCCAACGAGACAGGUUCUACAAAACUGUUUUUGACAUCAUAUACAAAUCUGCUCGGAAUGAAAAAUCUGGAGCGGGAUCUUUUGCCUGGCAGUUCCUGGUUGGAGGAAUGGAAGAGUAUAACGAUGAUUUUGGGAUUGUCCCAUGGGAAAGACGAUCAACUUAUCAGCUAAUUACCCAACAAUCAUGUAGGCUGGCAAAGAUUCAGGGAGUACUGCCUUGGCAAGUGGGACACUUGAAAGCAUUGUGUUCACAGAGAAGGUGAUGAUAUUUUUCCCAAUCAAAAUUAUAUUUCUUUAUGUGGAGAAACUUGAGCAUCUUUUUUUUUUUUUGAUUUGAGAUUGUUUAUAAGGAGAGGAGAUGCAGGCCAUUACUGUUAUACCAUGUUCUUACACCUAUACACAUAAAUAUAUUUUACAUGAAGCAAAACCAAAAUGUGAAUUCUCAUAAUGCAGUGAUAUGGAGCUUCUCUAGAGAGAGAGGGAGAGGAGAGAGAUUUUUUCAUGUAAGUGAAAAAUGAAACAAAAAUAAAAAUGGAAGCAAUGAAAAAACGAAAAAGAAAGAAAUACGUGAAGUAUCUGUGGAAUGGUUUUCUGGCUAGAAUCGAAGGGGUGAAGCAUGCGAGAGCAGAGAAAGCUUUCACUGCUGUCAUGUUUUGCAUUUGCCUUUUGUCAAGAAACUCUCUGAGAAUUAACAUGUCAACUUUCCAAGACCCUAUUCUCAAUUUGCUUGUAAUAUUUUCAAAUUUAUUGAUCUUAGUUUGUACUUCACAGCUCAUGAGGAUUCCCAGUUUCUUUUUGAUUCAACGGUUAGGAAUGUCUAGACUAGUUUAUGUGCAC